UCUAUUCCCAAAACUCAAUACCUCUCCAAAACCCCACCUAUCUCCCCCCACUAUCGCUUCCCAAAACUCACUCUUUUCUUCUGUUUCCAUUGCCGUUCUCCGCUUCUUAUCUCUCCCCACGCCUUCUUUCGUCGUUCCUUCUCUCUUUCGUGGAGUGAACCAAUAGAGGGUGAAGGAGGGGAAGGAUAUACGAUGGGGAAAUAUAUGAGGAAAGCCAAACUUUCCGGCGAGGUGGCGGUCAUGGAGGUCGCUGCCCACCAGCCCUCCCUCGGUGUCCGCACCCGCGCUCGGGCCCUUGCUGCUGCCGCCGCCGCCGCCGCCGCCGCCGCAGCGGCACAGGACUCCUCCCUCGCCUACCUCGAACUCCGUAGUCGCCGCCUCGAGAAGCCCCUGCCUCUGGUUUCGGCAUGCAAGCCCAAAUCUAACCCUAGUCCAAAGCUUACCUCUCAGAGGGCGAACCGUUCCUCGGCGUCGAAUUCGCGGUCGGCGGGGUCCGUUCGGAUGAGGAGGUGUUUGGACAGGGGCGAGGGUGCGUCGCCGGAUGUGGAAGUGUCGUUCGGCGAGAACUUCCUCGAGUCUGAAUCGAGAGAAAGAGAGAUGACACCUUGCAGCUCGAUAAGGGAUUCGGCAACAGCAGUGACUCCAGGUUCUACAACAAGAUCUAGCUACUCAAUUGCCGGUCACCGGAGAAUGCAGAAUCCAAUGCCACAAAACUUCCCCACUGAUUGCGAAAUGGAAGAGUUUUUUAUGGGGCUAGAGAAACUCCAGCAGCAAAUAUUCAUAGAAAAGUACAACUACGAUCCUGUGAAUGACCACCCACUCCCAGGCCGGUAUGAAUGGGUGGAAAUCGACUCAUAGGGAGAACAUCAUCCAACUAUCUCUGUCCAGGAAUUCCAGAGGAGAGAGGGAGAGGAGUGCAAUGCCAACCGUUUUUGUCACCACAUCCAGAGCUCCCUGUUCCGGGUGUAGUGUAAUGAUCUUUAGAGCUGACAAGGUACUCCUUGGUGAAGAGAAGAUGAUGCCGAAGCUUAUGGUAACUUAUUAAGAGCUCAUUCCAAGGUGUGUUGUAGGGCUACUCACCUUUGUAAUGCAGCAGCAGCACUCUUCCGAUGGAACGGAGAUCAACAAUGCUGCACCAGAGUUAGUGUUACUAGUAGCUACGAGUUCUUGUGAUGGUCGCUAAUGGUUCAGAGUGGUCUGUCAGAAAUAUAAAAUGACCCAUUUGCCUUUAUUCGAUCCUUG